UAUAUUAGUUUUUCAAUGAAUUUAAUAAAGUUUUAAAAUUACCUGAAAUUGUGAAGUGCAGUAAAAGACAAUAUCACUAACAUGUCCAUGCCUCUCUUUCUUCUGUCCAGUUAAAAAAAAAACACCUACAAAAUCGACAAUGGCAGACGCAAAGCAAGGUAAAUCUCCGAUUGAAGAUUUUUAUAAUGGGUCCUCCCAAUCAAGAGUGGUUCUAGCAAAGCCUCGACUGGGUGGCUUUGGUUCCUCCAGUUUUGCAUCAAGUUCCAAUAAAGGAUGUAAUCCAUUUGGUUCGAUUCUGCGUCCCUCUCAGCUCAAACCUGGUAAUAAUCCAUUUUUAAAAGUUUCUGAGCCAACUGAAGAUUCGGAAGCAGGAAAGGAAAAAGAAAAAGAAGAAACUCAAAACGAGGACAGACUCAAGGAAACCAAACCUGAAACGGAAGUACCUAAGUUUGUACCGUUAGGAUCUGCAAAUGUUACUCCACGGACCAAUAACACAGUGCCGCCAGCGGCACAACCUGCCCCUAGCUCAUCAGGAUUCGUGUUUGGUCAAAAUUUAAGUGAGAGAGUUGUAAUAAAGGAGAGGCGUUAACAAUGGAGAAGCAUCUACGAGCACAGCUCGUCCAAUGGAACUACAGAAUUACUAUUCACAGCUGCUGCCUCUGUCAAGGAAAAUCAGGAGGACAGCAAUCAAGGCGAGGCGUCAAGUGGCGAGGGUCUGGCGGCCGCGGCGGCGGAGUACGAGCGUUCGCAUGCUCGACCGCCUCCGCCCACCGCACAUUACACUAUCACUGGCGAGGAGGGCGAGAUUAAUGUUUUGCAGAUAUCAUGUCGCCUAUUCGCCUGGGAGGCAGGCAGUUGGCGCGAGCGGGGCCGCGGUGUCCUACGGCUGAACGACGCGCCCGCCAACAGCGGCGGUGCUGCGCGACUGGUGGCGCGAGUGUCGGGCAGCCUCCGCGUCGUGCUCAACACCAAGCUGUGGCCAGACAUGGUGGUCGAGCGAGCCGGCACCAAGUCGCUCAGGAUCACCGCCGUUGACUCUCAGCAGCAGAUCAAAUUGUUCCUCAUUAUGGGAGCUCCUGGAGAUAUAAUACAGCUACACAGAGCCCUCACGGCUAGAAUUUCCGUGAGCAAAAGAUCAGCUUCAUCAAACACAGGCACACAGAAUGCCACCUCUCAAAAAGCGGCUGAACGGUUGGAGGCAGCUGCCGACGAUGAUGAUUAUCUUGAGAAACCUGAGGAUGAACAAGAUGACGGCGCCGACGAAAUCGCACUUGAUGACGAUGUUCCAGAUAGUGAAUCGCCUAAAAACGAAAGGCUAGAAGCUGACCUUGAUCACAAGACUGAAGAACACGAGUCCAACGUAGACGGCAUGACACAGGACAAGGAUAGCAAGUCACUCAAGCGGAAAGAACCGGCGGACGACGAGACGUCUCCUAAGAGACAGUGCCCCGAAAUAUUAAUAGAGUGAUAACUUUUCAAAUUAAGUUCAUAAUGAUGUAUAAACUUUGUGAUGUAAAUGUGGACAUGGUUCAUUUGUUCGACAUCUGCUAAAAGCUCUGGGUUCAAAUAGAAAUCUUUAUGUAAAUGUAACUAAUAGAUAAUGUGUAGAAAUAUUUAUGAUUAAAUUAAUAUAGCAUUUUACAACAUUGUUGAUUAUUACUAAUGGAGGUUCCAUUUCUAAUAAUUAUCGCGACACACGCAUUUGAGUAAUAAUUUGAGUACAAAGUAAAGUGGCCGCAGUAUUAUGUGCUAUGUAACGGCUCAAAAUUUCUGUUCUCACAUUCCAAUCGCUGCAUGCGAACACAAAUGGUAAAGCAUGUUCGGCCAGAGCUGAAUACCAAAUACAAUACUGAUGUGGUUUAUUUUCGGAUAGUAUUUUAAAUAAACUGUUUCACAAUAGAA